GCUUUGCGGUGCCAUUUCCGGAGAGACAUGGAGCAGCCGCGGAGUCCGUCGCCGGUCCCGCGCCGCAGCCCGUCGGACCAGAUCGAGCACCUCACGCAGCACAUGUCCAUGAAGGUCGCGACGAGCGUGCUCGCCGAGAUGAAGCUACGCUCGCGCAGUACCGUCUCCAUGGCGCGGGGCGACUCGUACGCGAGCAGCAACUCGAGCAGCAACGGCGACGACGACAGCAGCGACGGGUCGUCGCCCGAGACGUCGCCCAUGGCCGCCGUGGCGCCGCUUCGGUCGCCGCGCCACGCCGACCCGGAGGCCGGCGAUGCGUCGUCCACGGAGGCGCUGCUCAUGCCGGGCAAGGCGUUCCUCCAAAGCUUCUAUGCGUUCCUCAAGGAGCACCGCAAGUCACUCCGCCAGCGCAACCCGCGGCUUCAGGUCGUCCUCAACCCCCCGUGUCUGCACUACCUCGAGCACUGCUUCUACGCGAUGCUCCUCCCGCUCUACGGUCCCGAUGCGACCUGCGUCCUGCAGUGGGAGACGAAGAAAGACGCGCCGGAGGUCACGACCGACGACGCGCCGCGCGGAAUGUCCAAGACGCAGCGGAUGCUCAAGCUCGCCGGUUUCGUGCUCCACAUCGUCGACCUCCAUAUCCAGACGCUACCCGACUCGCUCUGCCUGCCGUCGCAGUGCAACCUCGGCCUCUUCUCGUCCCUUCUGUACCUUCGCCUCGACAGCAUGCCCCUCGACUUGAUCCAGGGUCUAUGGAGCUUCAAGAAGCAGCUCCUCGAACUGACGCUACUGCACAUCCCGCUACGCUCUGUCGCGGACGUCCUCGGAAGCAUCGAGCCGUACGAGGCGACGGACGCCGGCAGCCCGAUCUGGUCGUCGCUAACAUCGCUCGGACUCAUCGACUGCGGCCUCACCAAGCUCGACGCGGCGCUCGCCCUCGCACCGUCGCUCACGCAGAUCAACUUGUCCUCGAAUAUGCUGACGUCGCUGUCGCACUUGGAGAACUGUCCGCAGCUGUCGCAUGUCAACGUCAGUGGCAACGCGCUUCUGCAUUUGGACGGUGCGCACCGGAGCCUUGCGAACGUCACGUCGCUCGUGCUCCAUACGAACGCGCUGGCGAGCGUCAAGGGCAUCGCCAAGAUGUACGGUCUACAGACACUCGACCUCGGCCACAACGCGAUCCCGUCGCUUUCGGACGUGGCGCCACUCGCAGCGCUGCCGCUGCUGCAGUACCUCACGCUCACCGGCAAUCCGUUCGAGGUGGACGAGGAAGCCUACCGCUGCGAGGUGCUGCAGCUCUUUGGAAAAGACGUGCUCCUGGACAGCGAGCCGUGGACACCGUCGGAGCUCCAGCGCGGAUCCUUUCAGCGGCGCAAGUCGCUGGCGGUUGUGACCGAGGUCGACUGCGCGCCCAUGGAGCCGCCAUCGAGCGACGGAAGACGCCAUCACGAAGCGCGUUGGCACAAUUCGCUGGCGCCCGCCAAGCUCCACGACGUUGUCGCGCGCGUUGGCAUGACCUGCGUGCUUCUCGUGGUCGCGCAGGCCAUCGCCACGUGUCUCUGGGCCCGCGACGAAGAGAGCGAGACGUUUACAACCCUCGUUGUCAGCGGCAUCGGCGGGACCGUCCUCCUGCUGGCGCUGCCACUCUCGCUGCUCACGUAUGUGCUGCAGCAAGCGCACUUGACGUCGCCACCCGCGCCUCCCGCGAGCUCCAUGGGGUCGCCCAAGCCCCCUCUCUCGCCACGCAUGCAACGCGAGCUCGCUGCGAACCACAUGUUUCCAACUGAAGACGACGACGACGAAGCAGACGCGAUGCGCGCAUCAACCUCGACAGCAUGCUCGCUCAGCGUUUGGUCGACGGCCUUGGAAGUCCUCGUCGACAACGCCGAGCACAUGCCGCUGCAAGAUUUCUUGGCCAUGUGCCGAGAGACCGCGGGUCUCCUGCAUCUUUUGGGCCCCACGGGCGCGUUUGCGCUGAAGUCGCUCACCCCCGAGCUCGCUCGUUUGGACAUCGCGUGGCGGAACACGGCCAAGGACGCGGACGUGACGCUGCAGGCGCUCAUGGGCGCCGAAGCCCCCGACACGGACGGUCGCGACGACGUCACGAGCACGGUGCUGCGCAUCGUCCCCGUCCUCGCGUACGUCAAGAACCUCUGCCUGGAGAUGGAGAAGGACCGCGACCUCUCGCUGCGCCACUGCGCGUCCAAGGCGUACUUAACAUCGCUCGCCAAGCAACAGAAGCACGCGUGGCUCGUCCAGAAGGCCGUGCUCUCGGCUAUGCAGCUCAACCCGAUGACGCGCGAGAGCCUCGUCGGUCUCUGGCGGCCGCACGACGGCAUCGACGACGACGAUGACGACGCCGAGGCAUCGCUCAUCGAAGAGCGCCUCCACGCGUGCGGCCACAUGCUCGACAUUGUGUUGCGGCACCUCGAGACAUGGUACGAGUCACUUUAGCAUCUAUGCCAUGCCGUUAUACAUGGGUCGUCCUUGAUUUUCAGCAAUAUUUUC